AACCAACAACAAUUCUGUCUGCAGUCACUGGUUGAGAUUCUAGAGAGCACAGACCUAAUUUUGAAAAGCGGAAGAACAUAUUCACACUUUGAUAGCGGCUAAAAACUAAAAUUAAUUUGAAAUUAUUUUCCCGAAAAAUAUGUGGCCAUUGAAAACUUUUCACUUUGCCAUUUUGGUGGCUAUUGUUUUGGUAGCUAUAACUCCCGCAAUGGCAGGAACCAAAGCUUUGGUCAACACUCCAGCAACUAGCAAGGCAGAGCAAAAAGAUUCCAAAUGUCUGCUACCCAAAGAACCUGGGCCAUGUCGCAUGCGUUUGGAGCGUUAUUACUACAAUGCCGAAACAGAUUCCUGUGAAACCUUUGUUUUUGGAGGCUGUCGUGGCAAUGAGAAUUCAUUUGGCUUCAAGGAGACCUGUGAAGCGGCUUGCAAAAAAUCUCCCCUGACUUCCAAGAAAAUGAAUCCGUCCACCUUGAAAUCGCUGACAUCCAACACUCCCAUUACAGAGAAGCCAACAGUGGCCAGUGCGACGUCGACAACUACAACAGCCAAAACUCCAAGUACUACCACUGUCAAGAAAUAAACCAGAAUUCAUGCGAAGGGGAUUUUCGGUAGAAUUGUUUAAAAGCUUCAACGAAAAUGUUGGGGUUUUUCUUUUCCUUUUUUUUGAUAAAUACGCCAUGUUUGUCACACGCUUUACGAAAAUAAUAAAAAAAAAACGUAAAUAAAUUAAUAAAAUAAACAAUUGUGCCGUAGUGGUUAUGCGUACCUACUUGCCUCGAUUCCCAGAUAUCUUCAUGAA